ACUGUCAUCACCUACCCUUUGGUCAGAACAUCUAGGCUAUCGAUCAUCUAUCUCUGGGUCAAAUCGUCUUUUUCCGAUCAGUGUGAUAUAACAAGAGGCUACACGCUCUCAGCGGGACAGCAGAUUGGAGCACAAUCAAGGUUUUAAUGCAGUUCAGGGGAAUUAACAGAAAGGUAUUCAAACUUCAAAAUGUCUAACUAAGUACAAUCUAACACUGACGGAGAGGAGGACUGCACCAUGGAGAGGGGAGGGGUGAGAGAGAGUCGUGAAGAUUUGAGGAUUGUGCUGGUGGGGAAGACUGGAGUGGGAAAGAGCACUUCAGGAAACACCAUCCUGGGGAGAGAAGCGUUUAUAUCAGAGACCUCCCCCUCCUCAGUGACAAGAGAGUGUAAGAAGGAAAAAGCAGAAGUGGGUGGGAGAGAUGUGUAUGUUGUUGAUACUCCAGGCCUGUUUGACACAAAUUACAGUGCAGAAGAGAUCAGAAAGAAGAUUGCAGAGUGUAUCUGUCUGUCCUCUCCGGGUCCCCAUGCGUUCCUGGUUGUGAUCCAGCUGGGGAGAUUCACACAAGAGGAGCAGAAUACAGUGAAGAUGAUUAAGGAAAUCUUUGGUAGUGAAUCAGACAAGUACACAAUGGUGCUGUUCACUCAUGGGGAGAAACUGAAGGGAACAACCAUUGAAGAGUAUCUGAGUAAGAGUUCCCAGCUAAAAGAGUUCACGGCUCAGUGCCGUGGGGGAUAUCAUGUGUUUAACAACUUAGACUCAGAGAAUCGGUCUCAGGUCACAGAGCUGCUGCAGAAGAUUGAUAAGAUGGUGAAGGUGAAUGGAGGAGGCUACUACACCACUGAGAUGUACCAGCAGGCUGAAGCAAAGAUUGAGAAAAGGAAGGCACAGAUUCUGAAAGAAACUGAAAAGAAGAGAAAGAGAGCAGAGGAGGAGCUGGAGAAACAGAUUAAGGAUGCAGCAGAGAGAGCUAGAGAAGAGCUUAGAAAAGAGAAACAGAGAGAAUGGGAGGAGAGGGGGAAACAGGUUAAGGAAAUGGCAGAGAGGGAGAAACAGGUUAAGGAAAUGGCAGAGAGGGAGAAACAGCUUAAGGAAAAUGCAGAGAAGGAGUUGAAGAAAGCUAAAGAAAUGCUUAGGGAAAAGAAUGAGGAGAACGCUAGACUUCAAGCUGAGUUAGAUAAUGCAUUUAUUAAUGAGUGGGCAAAAGGAGGUUUUUUAGCAGGUGCUUUAGCAGGUACUUUUGCAGGUGCUUUAGCAGCUGCAGAAGGGGCUGCAGAAGGUUUUCUUUUGGGAGGGCCAGCAGGUGCAGUAGUGGGAGCAGUUGGAGGUGCAGUAGUGGGAGUAGCAGGAGGAGCAGCAGUGGGAGCAGGAGUGGGAGCAGGAAUGGGAGCAGUAGUGAACACAUUAGGCAGAUGCUCCAUACAGUAGAUCAGUGAUUCCCAAACUUUUCUGGCUCAAGGCACCCAUAAACAUAUUUCUCUCCGUCCACGGCACCCCAAUUUUUUUGUGCAGUAUUUGUACUUCAUGCCAUUUUAUUGAACCCAUGAUAGGCCAUAACUGGUUUCAUUAUCGUAGCAUUAGGCUACUAUGAGAAGGUGAGGUUUAUCUAUUUUUGUUUUAUUCACAUGUACCACUCUCUUUUAUUCAACUUUUGAAAAUAUGUAAUACAGAUAUAUCAUGUGCAUAAUGUGCAUAAAUUUUUUUUAUUCAAUUCUGUACAAAUGAUUAAGGGUGUCACGAUCUUGAUUUUAAAUCGAAAUCGAUCGAAAUUACAUCUCAGUCUCGAACUUCGAACUGAAAAGUAGAAUCGACGAUGCAGCCACACCCCCAACGUGACAUCCAGCAUGUAUGCCCAAAACGCAAAACCACACACGUGCAGCAUCAACACUCCUCUAAUUUUAGGCUGCAGCCAGUUAAAAAAUGCACAUCAACCUCUUGUUACUCUGAAAUCACGGGUGUGGAAGCAUUUUUACGUUCAUUCACGUCAGUUAUUAUUAUUAUUAUUAUUAAGGUUUAUUUAGAUAGGGACAGAUACAAAAACAUAGACAAACUUAAAAAGUCAUCUGAUGCAUGCAUCAUAGCAUUUUUAACUGACGCUAAUUUACAACACUUGUCCCUAGACAGUUAGCCUAACACCAAUUUAGCCUUCUCAACUUAGCAAGUAAAAAAACGAUUUAGUUAGCCUACAGUUCAAAAUGACUUUAAGGCUUAAAAUGCACAUUGAUAAGUACUUAUUCCAUUAACACUAACCUUGGGUCUCUUCAGAGUGUCUUCAGAGUGUGCACAAACAUUCAAAGUAUCAUUCUGUGUUGCUUCAUUUCACUAUGUUCACAUGUCUAUGUUUGACGUUUUUUGUUUGUUCCCAACCUCACGGAUGGAACGUUUUCAAAAUAAAAAUUGCUUUCAAAAUAAAAGCCCCCUGAAACAGAAUAGGAAGAGGGCAAAAAAUAAAAAAUGAAUAUAAUAAUAAUAAUAAUAAUAAUAAUGACACAAGGAAUGCAUUAAUAAAAAAAGAUCGAAAUUCGAAUCGAAUCGUGGCUUUAAAAUCGAAAAUUAAAUUGAAUCGAGGAUUUGGAGAAUCGUGACACCCCUACAAAUGAUCCUCUCCAUAGAUAUAGUUCAUCACCAUUUUAAUUUUGACCAAAUUUUACAUUCAUAAAUCUAAAUUCCAAAAUAAAACACCAAACUUUAUAGAACUGUCAAUUCACAUCAAACAAUAUAUUUCCACUAUAUCCUGUUGUAGUAACAAGAAGGCUGUUAGAACACACACAUUAUUUGUAUUUUUCAAAUGCUUUAUGUAGAUUGAGUUGUUUUCUUCAUUGUUUAUUAUUUUCUUUACUGUUAUUUAUUUUUACAUCCCCUGGCGUUUUUGAUCUGUUUGUGUCGUAUACAAAUGACUGUAUACUUGUUGUUUUGUGAUCAAUUAAAAAAAAAAAAAAAAAAAAAAAAAUUACAAUCUAGGAAGAAAAAAAAAAAAAGAAAAAAAUAUAUAGUUCAUCACCAGAUUGUAAUGCAAAGCAACAGCUUUUAUCUUCACAGCAUUUAUUGACAACACAUGUAUCAUCAGCACAUACUGGACUAAUGACUCUUAUACAACAUGUUUCGUCUUUAGCUUGUGUCACUGUCACGUUUUUGCCCAUGGUGUGUAUUUGAGCUUCUCUCUGUUAUGCUAGCAGUUUAUGCUAAAAGACAGCGUGAUAUGUGCUAAAUAAAGGGAUGAUUAUGUAACCCAUUAAUGACUGACUGCAGUGGAUUAUUUCUGUAGCAGAGAUUGAAUGAGAGAAGAGGAGGAGCUAAAGAGAUGAAGAGAAUAGUAAGAAAGGAGGAGGAGCUAAAAAAGAAGACUACAGGAAAAGAUGGAGGGAGAUAUAAAUGCUGCAAGUUGACGGUACAUUUCUCACCUCACAUUGAUAUGAGUGUGGGCUACA